UUACUCUCCCUUUUCUGAUUACAAGUCAACAUUAAGACAUGCCAUUCAAGAUAACAGAAGUGCAAGCUUAUCUUUUUAAAAUCCAACAACAAAUAAAGCACUAUGUGCUGAAACCACCUGAUAAUGACAGUCAUUUACUACUUUUUUCCAGGUGAACCUUUCUAUACUUCUAUACUUUGGCCCUACCCGUGGGCUGGACCUUUCUCUCACUGGCAGCUACAAAAAGGCUUCUCUCCUUACGAAAACACUCACAGAGCUGAAGGAAAUAGGGCAGGGAACAUAUUGUGUCAGCACACUGGGAAGGAUACAGUUUCUUUUAAAGUUAUGGGGUUAUUAGAUGUAUUUCUCCAGUCUUCCAGUUCUCUCUCCCUGUUGGCGGCUCUUGUAGUCCUGCUGCUGGUCUACCUCAUCUCAUCUUCCCAGGCAGAUGGGAAUGAUCCUCCAGGACCAAAACCAUUCCCCCUAUUUGGUAACCUGCUGCAGCUGGACCUCAAGAGACCCUACAGCACGUUACUGACGCUUUCCAAGAAAUAUGGGUCAGUGUUCACUGUCUAUCUGGGACCCAAGAAAGUGGUGGUCUUGGCAGGAUACAAGACAGUGAAGGAGGCACUUGUCAACCAUGCUGACGAGUUUGGAGACAGAGAUCCAAUGCUGAUUGUGCGGGAAAUGAAUAGAGGACAUGGGGUUUUAUGGUCCAAUGGGGAUUCAUGGAAAGAGAUGAGGCGCUUUGCCUUGACUAACCUGAGAGACUUUGGGAUGGGCAAGAAAGCAUGUGAGGAUAAAAUCAUUGAGGAAUGUCAAUAUCUUAUGGAAGUGUUUAAGAAAUUCAAAGGAGAAGCUUUUGAUACAACCCAACCAAUGAACUAUGCAGUCUCUAAUAUUAUCUGCUCCAUGGUCUAUGGCAGCAGAUUUGAAUAUGAUGAUCCAGAGUUCACAUCCCUGGUAGAUCGAACAAACAGAAACAUUCUAAUUGGGGGUUCCCCAUCCAUACAGUUGUACAACCUGUUCCCGUGGAUCGGCAAAUUAUUCUCUGACAGGAAGGAAAUCCUGCAGUUGUCUCAAUUCAACAAGGAACAGAACCUAAAGCUUUUCAGUCGUUUGAAAGAGACCCUCAAUCCCCAGAUGUGCAGAGGUUUUGUGGAUGCCUUUCUGGUCCGAAAACAAAAUCUGGAGGAAUCUGGGAUUACCAACAGCCACUUCCACAAUGAAAACCUUUUGUAUACCGUCCUUAAUCUCUUUGCUGCUGGAACUGAUACAACAGCAACUACACUGAGAUGGGCACUUCUGCUUAUGGCCAAGUAUCCAAAAAUACAGGACCAGGUCCAGGAGGAGCUGAGCAGGGUGAUAGGAAGUCGUCAGGUUCAGGUCGAGGACAGGAAGAACCUGCCCUUCACCGACGCCGUCAUCCAUGAGACACAGAGACUGGCUAACAUCGUCCCCAUGGCUCUUCCUCACAAGACCAGCCGAGACAUCACCUUCCAGGGCUACUUUAUUAAAAAGGGGACCACAGUGUAUCCUCUCCUGACAUCUGUCCUCUAUGAUGAGAGCGAGUGGGAGCAUCCUCACACCUUUCAUCCUGCCCACUUCCUGAACAAAGACGGAAAGUUUGUCAAGCGAGAUGCAUUCAUGCCUUUUUCUGCAGGUCGCAGGAUUUGUCUCGGAGAGAGUCUGGCCAGGAUGGAGCUCUUCAUCUUCUUCACCACCCUCCUGCAGCACUUUCGUUUCACUACUCCACCUGGAGUUUCAGAGGAUGAGCUGGAUCUGACACCACGAGUUGGCAUUACCCUUAACCCUUCACCUCAUAAACUGUGUGCUGUCCCCUGUAUGUGAGGAGGAGGGCUUGAAAAUGCUGCUUGGCCAAGUGUCAUGAUUUGAACUCAGUUAUUUUUAAGAGAGUAGAUUCUAAUUUCUACAAUGUUAUACUCCAUGUAGUGCAACAACCAUGAAUACACUCAACAUCAAUGAUGUAAUGAACACAAUCUAUGUUGAAUUGCUGUUUCAGAACAACUCAAGUCUCAGCAAUGGAUUUUGUUCUUUCUGUGCCAACAGAGUUCAGUUGUUAAAAACAUUUACUUGAA